AUGACCCAAUCACCCACAAAUACCUCAUACCCCAACGACCCCUUCCAAGAAGAAUACUACUUCUUCUACGGUACACUCACACAUCCCCCUCUCCUAUCCCGAAUCCUCGCAAACCCCCACAGCCCCGACCUCCGCCCAGCACACAUAACCGGCUGGCCAUGCAUGAUGUGGGGCGACUACCCAGCACUCAUCAAAAGCUCUCCAAACGAUACAAUCACAGGGCUAGCAUAUGAAGUACGCUCAAUUCGAGAGCGGGAGCGACUAGUUCAACAUGGGACGACAGCGUACAGGAUUGAAGUAUGUACGAUUUACUUCGAGGAUGGGACGUGUACGGUUGGGAAGACGUUUGUUUGGGAUGGGGAUGUGGACGGUUUACGGGAGGGGGUGUUUGAUUUGAGAGAUUGGUUACUUCAAGAGAAGGAGUUUAGCGUUAGAUGA